AUGUCGACUUCUGCCGAAGCACAGGAGCCGUCCGCGGUGGACAGCAGUACCACUGCCACCAAGGGAAUGCGCGUCAAUGGAAAAAACUGGCAUGACCCCAAAAAGCCAUUCCGACCUCGGGCGAACCAGACCUCUUUCGAGAAGCGCACCCGGGAAAGGCAGACGCUCGCUGCGACCAAGGCGAAGGAAAAGGAGCUGAAGGACGAGAAGGAGGCAGAGCGACAACGACGAAUUGAGGCCAUCCGCACAAAACGUGCUGCCAAAGAAGAGCGCGAACGCUACCAGAAGAUGGAGGAGAAGAUGCACAAGAAGCGCGUCGACCGUCUCAAAAGGAGAGAAAAGCGCAACAAGAUGUUGAAAUCUUGA